ACAUCACUCUCGACUGCGACCGUCGACGAUGCUGAGGCUAAUAAUCGCGCUCUUGUGUCUUCCCUUCUGUCUCGCAGCCCAAAAGUCUCCACGGGACGAGCUGGUCCAGCUUGCAUCCGCUGGCAACGGUGUCAUUCGCUUGGACGAGCGCACCUUCGAUCUUCUUACUUCUCCGAAACGCGACUGGUCUGCUGCUAUCCAACUCACGGCGCUUAACCCACAACGCAGGUGUGGUCCUUGCAAGGAAUUCGACCCGUCUUUCCAGGCAGUAGCCAAGGCAUGGUCCACGGUGACCCCGGAACAGAGAAACAACCACUUCUUCGCCUCUAUUGACUUUGACGAUGGAUUUCAAGUGUUCAAGAAGCUCGGCAUAAUGUCUGCGCCUGUAGUACACGUGUACCCAGCUGCAGAGGGCCCUAAUGCCAAAACCGCAAGGAAUGACCCCUUCAAAUAUGACUUCUCAAACGGUUUCGAAGCCCGCCCUUUGGCUGAGCAACUUUCUAGUCAUACUCCCAUCCCAAUUCCCUAUAAAGACCCCAUCAACUGGGCUCGUAUUGCUUCGUUCGUUUCCCUCAUUCCAAUCGUAACCCUUAUUUUCCGUUUUAUUCGCCCAGCGCUCCAAAAUCGCUGGGUAUGGGCAGCAGGCACUAUCCUCCUUUCCACUGUCAUGACCUCCGGAUACAUGUUCACGCGCAUCCGAGGCACGCCGUACGUGGGUCCUGACGGGGGUUGGCUUGCGGCAGGGUUUCAAACCCAAUAUGGGCAGGAAGUCCAAGUUGUCUCACUACUUUACGGCGUCCUGGCGGGCUCUUUCGUGAUGCUAAUCCUCUUAGCACCUCAGCAAUCGUCUCCUUCACGCCAGCGGACACAGAUAUACAUCUGGACGGCCCUCAAUUUCAUCGUGUUCUCUGUCCUUGUCUCUAUUUUCCGCCUUAAAAAUAGAGGUUACCCCUUCAAACUCAUGUUUUAGAUCAUCACAAGCCGAUAGCUAUAAUAGACAA